UUAACUCUUUGCAGGUGUGUACAAAGUAAUAUUGUGUUGCUUACUCAAGCUUUCAGGAGGAAGUUUGUCAUUCCAGAUUUUAUGUCGUUUACUUCACAUAUUGAUGAGCUGUAUGAAAGUGCUAAAAAACAAUCUGGAGGAAAGGUUGCUGACUAUAUUCCACAACUGGCCAAGUUCAGCCCUGAUUUGUGGGGUGUAUCACUUUGCACAGUGGAUGGACAGAGGCAUUCUGUUGGCGAUACCAAAGUUCCAUUUUGUCUUCAGUCCUGUGUAAAGCCUUUGAAAUAUGCUAUUGCUGUUAAUGAUCUUGGCACAGAGUAUGUGCACAGAUAUGUUGGUAAAGAGCCUAGUGGAUUAAGAUUCAACAAACUGUUCCUGAAUGAAGAUGACAGGCCUCAUAACCCUAUGGUGAAUGCUGGAGCAAUUGUGAUCACAUCUUUAAUCAAGCAAGGAGCAAAUAAUGCAGAAAAAUUUGACUACGUGAUGCAAUUCAUGAAUAAAAUGGCUGGUAAUGAGUAUGUUGGAUUCAGUAAUGCUACGUUCCAGUCCGAAAGAGAGAGUGGAGAUAGAAACUUUGCGAUCGGCUAUUACUUGAAAGAAAAAAAGUGCUUUCCUGAAGGCACGGAUAUGGUUGCUAUACUAGACUUCUAUUUUCAGCUUUGCUCAAUAGAAGUGACAUGCGAGUCGGCAAGCGUGAUGGCAGCAACUCUGGCUAACGGUGGCUUUUGCCCAAUCACUGGUGAAAGAGUACUGAGUCCUGAAGCAGUCCGGAACACCUUGAGCUUAAUGCAUUCCUGUGGCAUGUACGACUUCUCAGGGCAGUUUGCCUUCCAUGUUGGUCUUCCUGCAAAGUCUGGAGUUGCUGGUGGGAUUCUUCUGGUUGUUCCUAAUGUCAUGGGCUUGAUGUGCUGGUCACCUCCUUUGGACAAGAUGGGCAACAGUGUUAAAGGAAUUCACUUUUGUCAUGAUCUGGUUUCUUUGUGCAAUUUCCAUAACUACGAUAAUUUGAGACACUUUGCAAAAAAGCUUGAUCCUCGCAGAGAAGGUGGUGAUCAGCGGCAUUCCUUUGGACCAAUGGACUAUGAGAAUCUCCAGCAAGAACUUGCUUUAAAAGAAACAGUAUGGAAAAAAGUGUCACCUGAAUCAAACGAGGACAUCUCCAGAACCGUAGUGUAUAGAAUGGAAGGUCGGGGAGAGCAAAACUAA